GACGGUGCGCGGCGCUGCCGGUGCGCGGGCGCCAGGGAGGACGGCGGCGGCUGGCGGCGGGGGGAGGCGGCCGCUGGGUGGGGAAGCGCGGCGGCCGCGGGGGUGCGCAGCCCCCUCCCCGCGCCCCAUGACGGGCAGAGCCCCUAUAUAGGCGCGGGGAGCGCCGCCGCCGCGCGCUGCCGCCGCCCGCCGGGAAAGUUUGUGCCCGGCGGGGAGCACGAGGCCGCCCGGCGCAGCGCCCUCCUCCUCCUCCUCCUUCUCCCCGCCGGGACCGUGCGGGAGCCAUGGAAGACCCCUUCAGCCCGAGCAGCCCGGCAGCCGUGCCCAACGUCUCCAGCGUCCCGGAGCCAGCAGGCGGCCUCAACCUCUCCGCCCCCGGGGGGCAGUGGCCGCUGCCCAGCCGGCGGGCGCGGGCGGCGUCGGCGGGCGCCGUCCUGCUGCUGGCGCUGGUGGGCAACUGCCUGGUGCUGCGCCGCCUCGGCUGCUGCGGCUGCUGCGGCCGGGGCCGGCGGCGGCGGCGCAAGAUGGACUUCCUCAUCGCCCACCUGGCGCUGGCCGACCUCUGUGGCUGCGGGCUGGCGCUGCUGCCGCGGCUGGCGGCCGAGCUGCGCGGGCCGGGCUGGCCGCCGGGGGCCGCCGCCUGCCGCCUGCUGCCGCUGCUGCAGGGCUGCGGGCCGCUGGCCUCGGCGCACGUCCUGGUGCUGCUGGCGCUGGAGCGGCACCACGUGGUGCGGCGCCCGGCGCGGCCGCCGCUGCCUGCGCGCGGCCUCGCCGCCCUGGGCUGGCUGCUGGCGCCGCUGCUGGCGCUGCCGCAGGCCUUCGUCUUCCGCCCGGCGCCGCGCCCCGGCGGGCCGCGCUGCCGCAGCAUCUUCGAGGAGCUGCCGCGCUGGCACGGCCUGGCCUACGCCGCCUACGGGGCCGCCACGGGCUUCGUGGCGCCCGCCUGCCUGCUCGGCUGGGCCUACGGCCGCAUCCUGCUCGCCGUGUGGGCCGCCCGCGGGCACAAGGCGGCGGCGGGGAGCGGGCGGCGCUACGCGGGGCCGCCGCCCGGGCUCGGCGGCUGCGGGAUGCCCCGCGCGCGGGCGCGGACGCUGCAGCUGACGCUGGUGCUGAUCGCGCUGUUCGCGCUGUGCCGCCUGCCGCGCUGCGCCAUGGAGCUCGGCCUCGCCUCGGCGCCCGCCCGGCCCGGCGCCCGCGGCGCGCGGGAGGCGCUGGCGGCACUCGGCAUCGUGGCGGCGGCCAACAGCGCCCUCAACCCCUUCGCCUACCUGCUCUUCCAGAGCCACCGGCCCUGGGCGCGCCGCCUCCAGCGAGGCCUCUGCGGCGCGGGGCCCGGCGGCGCCUGCUGCUGCCCUGGCCUCGAGGCAGAGCCGCGGCGCCGCGCCACCCACCGCGCCCCGCACCGGCCCCGCCGGCGCCCCCCCGCCGACGCCGCGCCCGCCGACCCCAGCGCCGCCAUCUCGGGGCCCCCCGACCCCGGCGCCGCCACCGCCGACGCCGCCAUCUCGGGGCCCGCCACCCCCGGGGCCGCCACCGCCGGAGCCGCCAUCUCUGGGCCCGCCACCCCCGGGGCCGCCAUCUCAGAGCCGGCCACCGCCGCGGCCGCCGUCUCGGGGCCCGCCACGCCGCCGCCGGGCGCCGCCGCCGAGAGCCGCUGCUAGCCGGGCGCCGCCGCCGAGCCCCGGGGGCGCCGCGGGGCCCCAGACGGGACGCCGCCGGGCAGUGCCCCCCCGGCUCGCCGCCGCCCCUUCCCCGGAUACCCGGCGGGGUGCCGCCUCCCGCGGCCCGGCGCCGCGUGUGGUGGAGGCCCGGGCGGGCUUCGCGGGGCUGUCCCGGCCCCGGCGCGGUGUUUUGCUGAUGCCCCGGGUCCUGCAGUGGGUGCGGGGGGUGUAAACGUGGGAGCCGCGGCAGGGCAUCCUCUGGGCAGGAUGGGCAUGGAAAGGGUCUGGAUGGGGCCGUGCGUUGUGAAGCGAUUUAUCUGCGGUUUAUCUGUGCCCAUAUUCCUUUAGCAUUGACUGUUUUAAGAGGGUUGUUAUUAUUAUUCUUCUUUUUUACUUGUUCGGUGCGUACUCAUGUCAAAUGCUUUCAGAGAAGAGGGCAGAAUCGGCAGGAAGGCUGUUGCUAUGCAAACUGCCCAAAUGUGGUUCUCAUUCAAAGCCCUGCUAUUUGUAAUCUUUACAAAGCCCUCUGAAUAUUUUGGUCAUACUUUGUGAAUUUUUGUGAUAUCUCAUUCGUAAAUAAAAUCGAUCAGGAUCCCAA